AUGGCUACUGUCCCACACUCCCAAGCCAUCACCUCGGAUUCUAUCAACGACCCCUCCAAAACCACAGAACAGGACAUCGAGAAAUAUGAGAUCCCUGAACCAGAACCAUUUAGCUCUUUUUCGGCCUUAAAAGACCGCAUUAGACAUCACUAUGAAUUAGCAUCCGAUUAUUACUACUCCCUCUGGGGCGAGCACAUCCAUCACGGGUACUUCUUGACACCCAGCGAUACUAAAGAGAAGGCACAACUGCAAUUGAUAGAACUCUUGCUUGAACGCUCUGCUUUACCUAAAGGAAGCCAAGUCUUGGAUGUGGGGUGUGGCAUUGGCGGCACGUCGCGUUAUCUGGCCAAGAACUAUGACUGUGAAGUCACUGGCGUGACGAUUAGUGGUCGUCAAGUCGAGAUCGCACGGAAAUUAACCCUAGAUGAUAUCCAGGCACCUGAAUCUGGAUCUGUGAAUCCCUCAGCUGGCACCGAUGGGGUGAUGAAAUUUGAAGGUAUCGGUUCAGUGCGCUUCAUCGAGCCGGACGCAGAGAAUAUGGGGGAGUUUUUCACGGAAUCUCCAAAUGAGAAGAAAUUUGAUUGCGUGUGGAUCUCUGAGGCCAUGAGCCAUCUGCCUAAUAAGGACCUCUUCUUCCGAAAUGCGGAGAAGUUGUUGAAUCCCGGAGGGAAGCUGGUUGUCGCUGAUUGGUUUAAGGACGAGGGGUUGAAUGGCAUGUUACUUCCACCACUUUGCACUCAAGCGGAUUAUGUCCGUAUGGCCGAACAAGCAGGCCUGAAAGGUUUUGCUGAGCCAUUCGAUAUCAGUAAACAAGUUUCGAAGACCUGGGACAUCUCUUGGUCACUCAUUCAAAACCCAUCCCUCUGGGCAUUCGCUGUCGCGCAAGGUAGAGAUGGACUUGCGUUCAUGCAAGCAUUCCGGGCAAUGCGAAGAGGGUUUGCUAACGGAACUUUUCGCUAUGCCGUUAUGGCUUUCCAGAAGUGA